CCGGGCCCGCGCGUACCGCCCCCCUCGCACCGCCCAUUUGCCGGCGGGGGCCCUGGCGCGGCCCCUGGCGGUGGCGGCGGCGGCGGAGCGCGGCGUGAUGGGCGAGGUGCGGCAGCGGCUAGGGCCGGGCGCCGGGGCCCGAGCCUGCAGACAAGGAGUUGGAGUCUGAGAACAAGCUGGAUGGAGAGACAGCAUCAGACAGCGAAAGCAAAUCAGAAUUUGGAGGAUCACCCCCUGUGGCGACAUCAGAUGACACUCCAGAGGUCCUGAACAGAGCUCUCUCCAACCUGUCCUCAAGAUGGAAGAACUGGUGGGUAAGAGGCAUCCUCACGCUGGCGAUGAUCACCUUCUUCUUCAUCAUCAUCUACUUGGGACCCAUGGUCUUAAUGACAAUUGUGAUGUGUGUCCAGAUCAAAUGUUUCCACGAGAUCAUCACCAUCGGCUAUAACGUGUACCACUCGUAUGACCUGCCCUGGUUCCGGACGCUCAGCUGGUACUUCCUGCUUUGUGUAAACUACUUUUUCUAUGGUGAGACGGUGACAGAUUAUUUCUUCACCCUGGUUCAGAGAGAGGAGCCCCUGAGAAUUCUCAGCAAAUAUCACCGCUUCAUCUCUUUUGCCCUGUACUUAACAGGUUUCUGCAUGUUUGUCCUGAGCCUGGUGAAGAAACACUAUCGCCUCCAGUUCUACAUGUUUGGAUGGACCCACGUGACGCUGCUAAUUAUCGUUACCCAGUCGCACCUCAUCAUUCACAACCUGUUUGAAGGAAUGAUCUGGUUCAUUGUCCCGAUUUCCUGUGUGAUCUGCAAUGACAUCAUGGCAUACAUGUUUGGGUUCUUCUUCGGCCGCACUCCACUCAUCAAGCUCUCCCCAAAGAAGACCUGGGAGGGGUUUAUUGGAGGAUUCUUUGCCACUGUUUUGUUUGGAUUGCUGCUGUCUUAUGUGAUGUCUGGGUACCGGUGCUUCACCUGCCCAGUAGAGUUCAACAACGACACCAACAGCUUCACCGUGGACUGUGAGCCGUCCGAGCUGUUCCAGCUGCAGGAGUACAACAUCCCCUUGGUGCUGCAGUCCGUGCUGGGUUGGAAGACAGUCCGGAUGUACCCCUUCCAAAUCCACAGUAUCGCACUGUCUACUUUCGCCUCCCUCAUUGGGCCGUUCGGAGGCUUCUUUGCUAGCGGAUUUAAGAGGGCCUUCAAAAUCAAGGACUUUGCCAACACAAUCCCAGGGCAUGGAGGUAUCAUGGACCGCUUUGACUGCCAGUACCUGAUGGCUACCUUCGUUAAUGUGUACAUCGCAAGCUUUAUCAGAGGCCCCAACCCAAGCAAACUGAUCCAGCAGUUCUUAACCCUGCGGCCGGACCAGCAGCUCCACAUCUUCAACACACUCAAAGCACACCUAGUUGACAAAGGUUUGUUAGGGAGCCUGGAGGACGCAUAGACAGCUGGGCAAACAGAAAGGGACUGGAAAUGGAGAAGCCUCUUUGAGGAAAUUCCUGGGCUGCCUGAGUGAAGACAAUAAUUUCACUGUAUCUGCCUCGUUUCACUGUAACUUUUCCUCCUUUCUUGUUAAAUGUUUGCAGUUGUGUUUU